CCCCGCAGUCUGGCUUGCACUGUGACAUGACUGAGUUGACUUGACCAGCGUGAACUAGGAUUCAACGGCGCAAAGACUUGGGCAUGUCAUUUGACAAUUUACAACCCAUUUGUAACCCGACUCUAGACUGACUAAGUCAUAUCAACGAGUCGACUUUUCGCCUCUUUCGCUACAUCCCACUCUCCCUCCUACACACAACUACCACACGCCUGCCAUGUUUACCGCGCGCUCUGCAUUCUAGAGGGCGGUCCUCGUCGAUCGAUUCGCAAUGGCACCUCCCUCCGUGACAAUACUCGUCCCUAGAGACCGCAAAUUGCCCUGAUUACGACCACGACACUCGCCUUGAGCUCCUUGUAGCCGGCUUCUUCGGCUCCAUUUUCACCCUCUGGACUGAACCGUCACUCCAUUCAACAUGCCUCCUCGCCGUCCAUCCAAAAAGGUGACUGGGAAACUCGCCGGUCGAACCGUCACCUCGUUGCGCAUAACCAUGCCUACGGCGACCCAACCAUCGAACCCGACUGCAACCUCCGCGAAACCCGUCACCGAAGAUGAUGUCAACAAGAUCGAUAUCGCCUCACUCACCAUGGACGUCCCUCUGAUCCCCCUCGUACGCAAGAGGCGUGUCCCCGCCACUCCGUUCCACUUCCUUUCGCUACCCUCGGAAAUUCGCAUCGAUAUAUAUACCUACUUCUUCCAAGACAACGACCCAUACUACUUGGAUACUGUGCUGGAUCUCGGACCGGACGUUUCGAAGCGCGUCCACAAGAAACUCGGCCUCAUGCGCGUCUGCAAGCAGAUAUAUGAAGAAGCCUCCUACCUCUUCUACAGCACCCAGACGUUCCGCAUCUUUCCUAUCCACCCGGGCAAAUACUUCAAGUCCAAGAAACCUCUCCUGGCCAGAAUGAAGCAACACCAGCGCCGGCACAUCACCUCCUUGCAGUUGCGCCUAGGACCUGGAUGGAAUGCUCCGCCUAGGGGAUGGAUUAUCAACCCUGCGCUAGGACUGCAGGACUGCACCGAUGUUGAAGUACUCAAGGUGUUUGUGGAAUGCGAUCCCAGCGACCCCGUCUACAACGGAUUCCGCCGACCUGAUGACUUCUACGGGCGCUUCUGCCGUGACCUCCUAACUGGCAUUCUGGCAGAGUUGCCGUCGGUCCAGAUUGUCGAGUUUGACGGCUUCACUGGCGUUAGGAAGUGUGGAGGCAUGAUGAGCAAUCUCAUCGACAUCGCGAUCAAGUCUCAGCGCCUCAUCGGAUGGGGACCAGAGAGAGGGUGGACGGAUGAUAUGCACGAGGAUGACAACGCUCCAAUAGCCAAACCCUCCAACCACAUGCAGGACUUUGAGGAAGGGUUUGUUUUGUAGUAUGCAAGAGCCACCGUGUUUAUCGCAAUGAUUGAUGACAGGCAUGGGACAAUGUACAGGAUGCUCACUUUAAACACGAAUAGUAUAAGUUAUAACUCUGUUCAAUCCUGUUAAAACGCCCAGGAUACAUGGACGCUGC